AGUCUGCAGACAGAAUAUGGCUGACCCGUCAGUAGACCAAUGAGGGAAAGGCCAAAUUUUGCAUAAUCGAUCUUAUUUUCCUCGUCGUUUUUGACAUUUGACCGUCUUAGAAAGCAUUUGACCAGAGGUAGAGAAGAUGAGUGGGUUGCCAGAGGGAAUGGCAAAUGGCCCGAGCAGGAGUGAACACUUAGAGAAAGAUGCUCAGAUUUGGGAGAGACCCUGGACUAUUGAAGAGAUGCGUCAAAGCAGCGACAACUGGUCCUUGGCAGCUGACUCAGGGCUCUUCCUCUUCCUUCAAGACUUCUCACAGAGAAUGCUGUCAAAGACACAUGAGAUUGAAAAGCAACUGGACAGUCUGAUUCGUGACACCAAGACCACAGACAGCUGCUUGCACUCUGUCUUUAAUGACUUUCUGAUGCUAUCCAAUACACAGUUUAUAGAAAAUAGAGUGUAUGAUGAAGAAGUAGAAGAGACUGGUCCCAAGACUGAUGCUUCAGAAAAGCAGCCUGAGCAGGAGAAAACCCGAGAGCAGAAAGAAGCAGAGUUGAUACCUAAGAUGCAGGAAGCUGUGAAUUAUGGUCUUAAAGUGCUGGAGUCAGCCUUUGAGCAAUUGGAUAUUAAAGCAGGAAACUCUGACUCGGAAGAUGAGGAGGUAUCAGACAGAGCGGAGGCCAUCCUAGAACCCAAGGAUCUUUAUGUAGACAGGCCACUUCCGUAUCUGAUUGGUUCCCAGGCCUUCAUGGAACAUGAAGAUGUUGGACUUGGUGACCUGUCAAGUGAUGAAAUGUCAGUUGACAGUGACAGGGACAGUGUGAUUGAGAGUGAAGAUGGCAAAGAAGAAGUUCAUUCAGAUGAUGAUUUUAAUCAGGAGGAGGAAGUUCACAAUAACAUUAAGAAGAAAUCCUCCAUGGUGAGUUAUGAGGAAGACGAAGAGGAAGAUGAAGAUUCCGAUAUAUUUGGAGAGUCAGACAAGGAGGAUGACGAAGACACACAAAAUACGGGCCCGUCAUCGUUUGCUGAUGAGCUAGCUGCCCGAAUCAAAGGUGAACCGUUUAACAAACCCGAAGGAGAUCGUGCGUCAUUGGCAUCUAAGAAGAACAGUAAAGGCAGAAAAAAGCCAAAGCCUGCAAAGCCACAGGCUGCUGAGGAAGACAGUGAUGACAUGUUUAAGCCGCCGAAGAUGGAUGACUACGAUGACGACGACGAUGAUGAUGAGUUCUCACCUUUCGGAGGGAAAAGUGGCCUCUUCAGUGGAGGAAAAGGCUUGUUUGAUGAUGAUGACGAGGGGGAUCUUUUCUCUGAGGCACCAAAACCUGCUGUGCCUCAAGAGAAAAAAGCAGUGAGCGAAAGCGCGAAAAGCACAGAACAAAAUACAGAAUCUACCAAAUAUAUAAAGAAGAUUCCAGCAGGGGCUGUGUCAAUAUUCCCAGAAAACAGCCUGUUUGGUUCAAGGAAUGAAUCUGAGUCAGAGGAGAGCAAACAGAACGGGACUCCUACUCUUAAGACCAAUGCCGCCUCCAAACAGGUUCCUGCUAAAGCUAUCGGAGGAGGAGGUGGGCUGUUUGAUGAUGAGGAAGACGACGAUGAUUUCUUCAGUGGUAAAAACCUGAAAAAAUCUGACUCUGAAAAAUCCAAACCCAAGAAAGCUGUUGAUCUUUUCGAUGAUGACAAUGAUGAUGGUGACAUUUUUAGUGGCAAGUUCAGUGCAGCACCUCCAGCUCAGAGCACAAAGGAGGCAGUAGCAGAGAAGGAAAAACAACCUGAGAAAAAGAUGCCUGCAGGGGCCAUCUCCAUGUUUGGUCCUGGGACUAAAAGCUUGCUCAGUGAGGGCCUAAAGAAGCGUCAGCCAUCUACCAGCGAGGAGUCUGAGAAAUCAGAGGAGAAUGGUCUGGCUCCAGAUGUUGGGAAUGCUGCCAUCAAGCAGCCUCAGAAACCCCAGGCCAGAAGCCUGUUUUCUGAUGAUGAUGAAGAUACACAAGUAUUUUCAACCAACAUUAAGAGUCAGUCUAAGCCUGAAGCUAAAGGCCAGGGCAAACCCGCCAAGGCUCCUCUGUCUUUAUUUGACGAUGAGGAAGAAGAGGAUCUAUUUGCAUCUGCAGUUAAAUCUAAACCAAAACCACCUCAAGCUAAAGCCUCCACACCACAGCCCAGUAAGCCCGUAUCCAGCUCCCUGUUCAGUGAUGAUGAGGACCAGUGGAUAAGUUCAAAAAGUAGUGCAACAAAGCCAGAGACAAAGACAGGAGGUAUGAAAUCCAGUGUGAGCGCCCCAUCCAGUCUCCCCAGUGCCAAACCAGCUCCAAAGAGCAGCCUCUUUGACGAUGAUGAUGAUUUAUUUGCUCCAACAAAAGAGCCGAGUACGAAGAAACCCCAGAGGGUUGCUCUCUUGUUUGAGGACGAGGGAGAUGAUGAUGAAGGUAAAGGCUCCCUGUUUGGCAUCAAACCUGCUGUUAACAGAAAUGCUGCAGCUCCGGCAAAAACACCUGAUGUGACCACUCAGUCUACGACAGCAGCAAAGGACAGCCCAUCAGAGCAGGAGAAACCUGCAACAAAGACACCUGAGCCAGUCCCAUCAUCGUCGUCGUCGUCGUCAUCAUCAUCAUCGCCAGAGAGCAGUGAAAGUAAAAAGAAGCCUGCUGGUGCAGUCAGCCUUUUUGGAGGCAUUAACGUUCUCCCCAACAAGCCAACAAAGAGCCCAUUGGAUGAAGACGAUCAAGAUGACAUCUUCCUCUCUAAAGACAGUCCGCCACCAGAUAUCAAGACGGAGGAAAAGAAGGAAGAAAAAGUGAAAACGAAGACUGUUAGUCUGUUUGAUGAUGAUGAGCAGGAAGAUGAACCAGAUUGGAGUGAUCCAAUAUUCACGCCUAGUAAACCCAUAACAAGAAACACUACAAAGCCUACAGAUGAACGACCGCACACAAAGAGCACCGGCGUGUUCCAGGACGAAGAGCUGCUGUUCAGCCACACACAGCAGAAGGACAACGACCCAGAUGUUGACCUAUUUGCCACUUCCACGAAAACUACAAGUUCUAAGCUCAGCUCAGUGAAGCCAGCAGCACAAAGUCUGUUUGCAGAUGAUGAUGAAGAUGACCUCUUCAGCUCCACCAAGCCAAAAGCUCCGCCUCCAAAAGUAGCAGAGAAGCCCAGCAAGCCUAUUGACAAAGCACCACUAGCAAGUCCAGACCCUGUAACAGAGACGGAGAAACCUGCACCGAGCCCUGUAAAACCGAAAGAUUCCUCAUCGAAGAUCGGAAAGCUUCAAGCCAGUCUAAUGAUCAACCCUGCUGCAUUGCUCCCUGGCGCAAUACCCAGUAUUCCAGGAGAUGCAAGUUUAUUCCCUGGCAUGGCACCCAGUUCUUCCUCUGGAGUGUCCAGCUCAAGCCUGAGCCCAAGCCCUGCCACAACUCCAGCAGCAGCAGCUGGAACAGGCAGAGAGGGAGUGAGCUUUGAGACCCCAGUCCAAGUCACAACAUUGCAGAGCGCACACAAGAGUCGUGCCAAAGGUUCUGCACUUCGGAGACCCCAGUCCAGAGCAGCAAGGCAGCAAGCAGCCCAAAGAUCAAUGGAGGAUAAAGAAGAGACCCUAAGUGGAGAUGGUUUUGGGCCAAACCCCAUUCUGUCUGGUUUAUCCUCACCUACAUUAGACAAGUCCAACCAUUCGCUCGUCAAUCCAACACUAACAAGCUUAGCUGCACCUACAGCACUACCCUCCUCCUCAACUUCUCAACCUUUACCCUCUCAGAGCUCCCCUAGACCAUCUGAACUGAAACUGCCAGUAUCCUCCAAGGCUGAAAAGGCCUCUGAAAAGGACAGCAGCAGUAACAAGCUGCUGCUGUCUCCCAAUGAGGAUGACCUUUUUGGCUCUGACAGUCUGUUUGGGGGAUCCUCAAUCACUAACGCACCCUCCACCAGACAACCUACCAAGACGGCACACCCUCAGGCCAGUAGCGGGAUGGGAUUGAAGAAAGACAAAGAUAAAAGCACACUCCCGUCCAUUUUUGAUGACAACACCGAUGACCUUUUUCAAAAGGUUAAGCCAAGGUCAACCACUAAAAAAGCCAAGGUGGCAUCCUUUUUGGGAGAAGAUGAUGAUGAUGAUGAUGAUGAUGACAUCUUCGGACUGAGUAACAGUUCCACUCCCUCGUCUACAAGUAGUAAAGAAAUCAAGAAUAACAGUAGUUUUUCAAAGCAGGACAUCUUUCAGGACGAAGUAGCCGCUGUGCCUAAAAUUAACAAGAAGCACAAAGAGAAGGCCAUUGAUGCCAGCUUGUUCGACGAUAAUAUAGACAUUUUUGCUGACCUGACAGACACUUUAAAAACAAAACAGAAGUCCAAGGCAAAGGGAGAGACCAAGUCGAUAUUUGAUGAUGACAUGGAUGACAUUUUCUCAACAAGCACAAUUAAGCCAGUGGCAAAGGCUCCCCCUAAAUCAAAGAAAACAACACCAUCCCCGGAGAACAGCAGUACAGCAACGGAUUCAAGCAACAUUUUUGAUGAUCCACUUAAUGCUCUGGGUGGGAAUUGAACUGUUGUUUCCGAGUAGCAAGAUUUGUACAAUUGUGGAUUCAUUCUUUUGUCAUUUGGAUCAUUGAAAGAUAUCAGAUGCACUAUUAAUAGAGUAUUUAUUCAUAUAAAUUCAUAUAAAUAAUGUGGCUUAUUUUUGGCACUUAGACUCAAAUGAAAAUAAUUCCAGCUUUUCCAAAAUCAUCCUGGCGUCAUGGUUAUUUUUAUACUGUUAGUCUUUCCUAUAGAUAAUAGCACUUUAUAAGCAUACCAUAUGCUUAGCCUCAAAGCUUGCAGAAGUUUAAACAGUAACUGUUUUGUUUGCAUCCAUUGGCUUUGCCAUGUGAGAUUUCAUCUCUUUGGGUUUGUGCCAUAUCAUGUUUUUUCUGAGAAAUCAUUGUGUUUACUUACUUAGUCAUUUUUGACAAUGUUUUUAUUAAGAAAAUUCAUCCAUUUCUUA